GUUCGUACGCUGAUAAAAGACUAUUUUGAUUUUGUCCUGCGAACCGAGAGGCGCCCGCAGCUUUUCGCAAAAGAACCCAUAAGCGGUACCUCGACAGUUGUCUAUAAAUUCUCGCGCCGGUUUGUUUACAUAGCGAAAGUAGUAGCAAGUUCAUUGUAUGUUUUAUUUAAUUGCCAAUAUUAUUGUUUAACGUUUUUAUUAUUUACGAUAGGCGUACGCGAUUUUUAUUGUUUUUUUUUUUGAAGUGUGAUUUUAUAUAGGGUUGUGUUUUUUUUGGGACUGAGAGGCGGUCGUGUUGUGUUGAAGUAUUUUGCUUUCGUCCAAAAAACAUUGAAUAUCUGGAUAUCUUAAUUUGGUUCGGCCUCAACAUCAGCCAAAGUAAAAAGUCAAGAAAAGAUGAAGGACUAUAACAUGAUUUGGCGAGGUUUCUUCGGUAGAACGUACGAUACCGUAGAAACCUCGGACGCAAAACGAGAAAAAAGUGAAAAAACCAAGAAGCGGCAACAAGAGCAGGAUACGAGAAAUAGAAAAUGCGAAGAAAGGAGAAGUGCUCUAACAUAUGCUCUCUUCGGCGUUGGAUCACUUCUUUCCGCCCUUUUUAUUAUAAUUGUCGAUCCUUAUAAUAUGCUGUACGAGUGGAAAAUAAAAUUCGGUCCAGGAGCUGAAAUUUUCUCGUUUUGGGAGAAACCACCUGUUGAGUUAUUUUUAAAAGUCUACCUGUGGAAUAUUACCAACAGCGAGGAGUAUAUGAGCGGCAAAGAUACCAAGUUGAAAUUUCAAGAAGUUGGACCAUACACUUAUAGAGAGUACAUGACACAUGAAAAUGUGACCUUUAAUGACAACGGCACGCUCAGUUCGAUACCAAAUCAUCCGCUAGUAUGGGAGCCAGCAUUGUCAAAUGGCCAUAAGGAAGAUGACCUGCUUAUCUUGCCGAAUAUUGCGUUAUUGAGUAUAGCGGAUGUAGUAUCGCAGAAAAGUAUUUUCACCCGCCUAGGACUAAAUGUGAUCAUCAGACAAACAAAUUCUCAGCCCCUGGUCAAAAUGACCGCCAGGGAGUUUAUGUUCGGAUACAAAAGUGCACUGAUGACUUUGGGAAACACUUUUAUGCCCUCGUGGGUUUACUUUGACAAGUUGGGACUCAUUGAUAGAAUGUACGAGUUUAGAGGAGAUUACGAAACGGUGUUUACUGGUACAAAACACGGUCUCGGUAACAUUGGACUGGCGGAUACGUACAAUGGGGCCAGCAAACUUCCGCAAUGGGACAGUCCCUGUGGUGACAUCACCAACUCUUCGGACGGUACUAAAUUCCCAGGAUACAUAAAACCGAACGAUACUCUGCUGUUUUUCCGCAAGAGCAUGUGCAGGGCUAAAGCAUUGGUCCAUGUAAACGAUACCAACUCUGACGGAUUCAAUGCGUAUGUUUACCACUUUGCCAAUGAUACGGACGAUAACGGACGUAUUCACCAGAAAAAUCGUUGUUUUUGUAAAGAAAAAGAUAUUAACCAGUGUAAACCGAAUGGUCUGUUAGACGUUAGGGGAUGUUAUUAUGGAUUCCCGAUCGCACUAAGCUAUCCGCACUUCUAUCAGGGUGAUCCCGUUCUUUUUGAUAAAGUCGAGAGUGGAUUGAAUCCUGAUCCAGAAAAGCACAGGAGUUUCUUUGUUAUAGAACCUAAUUCUGGAACACCAUUAAAUUUGGCAGUAAGAUACCAAAUCAACAUGGCACUUGGUAACCUUCAGAAUAUUGCCAAUAGCGAAAAAUUCAGCAACAUGGUCUUGCCAAUGUUGUGGAUCGAAAUCGGUAUGUAUGGUCUCCCAUCCUGGUUAAGAAUCCGACUAAAAAUCUACUUGCAAAUCGCCCCAAUUGUGCAAACUUGCCUGAUGUACGGCUUAUUCAUAACGAGCGUUCUGGCUCUAUGGUACUCCCUCCAUAAAUUUCUUUCAUCCAGGAAAACGAUCGAUACAGACCAGGAUCCUUGGAUAGAGGACGAUUUGGUGUUGAAUCUCGAUCGAAAACUAUCCAGCUACAUACCAGAAAAACGGGCCAGUUUAACACCGAGGGAGUUAAAAGUUUAUUUUAACAGUUUAGUGUCGCCUUUAAAUCAAGUCAUUGAUUGUACGGACUACGAGGGAGUGUAGACAGUGCAUAAGAGGUUUAUAGUGAGCGGCAGAGGUAAUGUGCUUUUAAAAUGAAAAACUCUUGCCAAAAAUUAUUGGAUCUUGCCAGGUCGGUUUGGAAGCAUUUUAGUUUUGCGACAACAGUGAAAACUGUUUUUCUUUGUGAUUUUUUAUAUUUUAAUAUUUAUUAUUUUAGCAUUAGUUGUUAGUGAGAAGUAUCGAUAGUUAGUUGGGUCUGCGUAUAGAUGACAAUAUUAGGGUGUCUUAAACACAUUUGAACAAAAAAUUAGGUUUCUAGUAGGAAUUUUUUAACAGAAAUCGACUUUUCAAAUGUGUGUAGAGUCUUGGGUAAUAAAUGUGUUUAGUGACUUGGGAAAAACUGCAUAUUUCAAGUAUAUGCUUCAUAUUAAAGAGUUAAGAUUUAUAUUGUACUCAGUUGUCCACCUAAGACUGCUUAAAUAGAUCUGGUUGUCUCCGGUUAAAUAUGAUUCUGAUCAUUUUAAAUAAAUAAUAAAUUAGCAUGAGAUCCUAUAUAUUUACUUAAUCAAUAAAUAAAUAUAUAGGAUCACCGUUUCCCAUUAUUUAUUCUUAUUCUUAAGAAUACUUCUUUUACACAUUUUCGCGUUAUAUUCCGCGUAUUUAAAUGAUUAUACUACCAUUUUUUCACGAUAGUGUGUUCUAAUAAAUAGAUAGCACGUUUCAAUCUUUACUCUUUGAAGAGAAAACAGAAAUAAAAACAUCUUUUCCCAGCAUGAUCUCUAAGAAAUUGUUUGAUGAGUAAUUAUAUGCUUGAAAUAUUCCUGUUUCCCGGUCACUAUAUACAGGGUGUUUCAAAUUUGACCCUCAACAUCUGAGUUUAUUUUUGAUUCGAUUUUAAAAUGAUUUACUUAUUUGUGUUGCCACUUUUUUGUGCUAUAUGAUAAUGUUUUUUUAUACAACGUUUCGUCUUUUGCCAAUCAUCAUCUUCAUCUGAAUUUUUUCUUAUAGGCGCUAUAUUUGGUUUUUGCAUUUUUAGAAUCUUUGCAAAAGUGCCUUUUUUAAUGAUGUAUCACAAGUAAUAUUAUUAAUUUUUAAAAACCUGAAUUUUAAAAAAAAACUAAACUUGCCGCAGUUGACUGUGCUUAUUUAUGUAUACAAGACAAUAUUUAAAUUGUCAUUGUAAAUAUUACAGGCAGAAAUACUAGCAAUGCAAUACCGUAGUGGUGCACACAUUACUUCAGAGUUACACCUUUAUUAUUUGAAGUCAUUUUCCGUUUUAUUUUACAAAAUUACGUUAAAUGCAUGGAAGACAGAAGAAAAUACUUCUUUCUGCAGGUUUUCUUUCUAGAAAGUUUAUUUAGAUAUUUAGAUAUAUUAAUACUAGAAUUACGCUAAAUGUCUGGAAGACAUAAAAAAAUCACUUCAAGCGUCUGGAAAAUAGAAAAACUGAUUCUAAGAGCCUAUAAUAAAACUAAAACUUAUUUUAAAUGCCAGAAAUUAAAAAAUUACUCCAUUAACCUAAAAAACUUUAAGAAAAUCCAAAAAUUUCCAAAUUUUCUAAAUUAAAAAAAAAUCUUAAAAACGCAAUAGCGUUCAAUCAAAUAAAAACAAUAUAUUGCAAUAUCAUACGAGCCCUAACAACUAUAUGUUGGAACAAGCAGUUAUUUUGAAAUAAAUUGCCCAUUUAGCGAAAAUAUUUUAUUAAAUUUUUUUUAAUCAUAAAUAUGAAAUGAACAAGCUUUUUUAUAAUGUUUAAUAUUGUUUUUAUAUAUUUUAAGUUAUUUAGUAUUUAAUUACUUGGUAAAUAAUUGAAAAAUGCUGACAACUAAAUAUUGGAACAAGUGAGUUUUAAAAAAGGAAAAUACAAAUUAGUAACGCGUAACGUCGCCCUUAGCUUGAAUAACAGCCUGAACUCUAUGAGGCAUUGUACCAACUAGACCUUCACAAAAUUCAGGGGUAAAACUAUCCCAUAUUUCCUGUAGUUUAGCACGUAGUUGUGGCAAAGUAAGCUGCUACUGUGUGGCUGCUGCUGCGGACUAUUUCUUAGGCGUUGCUUCAUUUUGUGCCAAAACUUUAAUAUUAUGUUCCCUCAUCCAUUUUUUGGUAGAUUUAGCAGUAUGACAUGAGGCACCGUCCGGUUGAAAGAUAAAAUCUCCAAAUGGAUAUAAAUUUGCUGCACUUGGUAAAAGCGAAUGUUCGAGAAUGUCUUGAUAUUUUUCUGCAUUUACUAUGCCAUCAAUAAAGUGUAACAUUCCCAACCCUUUAGCUGACAUACAACCCCACGCCAUGAUGCCCUGUGGAAACUUUAC